AUCGACCAUCCUCUUUCCCAGCCCAUGCAAAUCAUCUUGGUCUCCGCCAGCUAUGCCAUAUGGGCCGGGAUGCUCGGCUAUACCGGACUGCUAUGGAAGAAAGAGCAAACGCCCUUCUACUUCAUCCUCGUCCUCGCCGUCGCCGUCGGCGGCUUCGCCGAGCCCCUCUACGACGAAUCCCUAAUGCUGUACUUCUACUCGCCCGGCAUCUGGUCCCUCUUCACCUCCUUCGACAUUCCCCAGCCCAUCUGGGUCUACAGCGGCUACGUGACCCUCUACGCCUCCGUCGCCGUGCCCCUCAUCCGCGCUAUCCCGCACGGCGUGUCCCGCCUCGACCUGUUCAAGUGGGCCGGAGUGGAGCUCCUGACGUCCUGCGUCUUCGAAAUGGUGGGCAUCAACGGCGGCGCGUAUGAGUACUGGGGCCCGCACGUGUUCCGCGUCUUCAACUACCCGCUCUGCAUCGGGAUCCUCGAAGCCGCGCAGGUCAUGUGCUUCAGCGUGGCUGCGGCGCAUCUGAAAGCACGCGCGGUGGGGGUCAAGCCGCUGUUUGGGCUGUUCGUGCUUUUCCCGGCGACGUUCUAUCUUGCGAAUCUCGGGGCGGGCGCGCCACUGAUCAUCACGCUGCAUGCGAAGAACACCACGCCUGCUCUUGUUACGUUUGGGUCGCUGGUUACGAUUGCGUUUGCGUUGACGCUCGUGUGGGGCGCGUCGUAUCUCCUUCCGGUGGAUGGGCAGAUUGCGCUCGGUGAAGAUGAGGCGCCGUAUAAGCCGAAUGGGACUGUGAGGGUUGAGGAUGUCGAGAAUGGCGGUUCGUGAUCUUAUUAGACAUUGUCGUCGGCAUCCUGGCGGGUCUUCCGAAGUUUCGAUGUAAUCUUGAUUCGCGCAACGAGUUUUGAGAGUGCUAGGAGAUGGAUUUGGGUGCUUCUUGCGGCUGCUUGGGAUACCGCCAUAGGCUCUUGGAACUGUACAUACCAUGUGAAGGUUGAUGCGGUAGAGAACAGGCUUCCUUUUCACUGACUG